GGACGCAAAGAUGUUUCAAAAUUUUAUAAUCGCAAUCUUUAUAAUAAAUACGUGUAAUAUUCAUUGUGAAUGUACGCACGUAUCGGAGAUUAAUGAGACGAAUUGGAUAAUAUCUAUCAAUAAUCAGAUGAAUCUCUUGAGACACGAGCAGGAACGACAAGGAAAUUUACUUGAUGAAAUACUGUUAAGACUUGAUCGUUUCCAGACAGGAUCGAACAGACGAAAUUGUGCUGAAGCGGUAGGAGCUGAUGGAAAUAGUGGAGUGUAUGAGAUUCGUAUUCCCAAUUAUAGUAUGCAACCCUUUAGUGUCGCAUGUGAGGGCCAGAUUCAAGGUGGCGGCUGGACAAUCAUAUUACGACGGCUGGAUGGAAGCGAGAAUUUUUAUCGGAACUGGCGGGAUUACAGAUUGGGAUUUGGGAGCCUGAGCGGAGAGUUCUUUUUGGGCUUAGAUAAGAUUCAUGCAAUGACCGCGGAUCAAAGUCAGGAACUUCUUGUUCUGCUCGAGGACUUUGAGGGUCAAACAAAGUAUGAAAAAUAUGAAAAGUUUGCAAUUGGCGACGAACUGGAGUCGUACACACUACACACACUGGGCAAGGCUAGUGGAACUGCUGGAGAUUCCCUUACGUUUCAUCAGGGACUUAAGUUCUCCACUUUCGAUCGUGAUAACGAUCCUGAUUUAGAUAGAAAUUGUGCUGUACUUUACACCGGUGCCUGGUGGUACAAGGGUUGUCAUCUAAGCCACUUGACAGGGAAAUACAAGGACAACAUCAGUGGCAAGGGAAUCAAUUGGUAUCAAUUCAGAGGUCACGAAUAUUCAUUGAAACGAGCCGUAAUGAUGAUAAGGCCCAACAAGUGACGACGCCGGCUAAAUCUUAUCGCUGACUUAAUAUAUAUUAUGAAUAUAUAUUUAUAAAUUAUCAAAUACAUUUAACGGGCAUUACUCGCA